AUGUCUUCAGGUCUCAGUUAUUUCUCACGAGCAUCUGGGAGCAGCGGCUCCUGCACACAUUCCAUCAGCAGUGAUGAUUCGUGGUCUCGCCACAGUGGCAUCAUGCCCCAACAACCGUCCGUAUACGGGACUUCGGGCGAGGCGCCCGUGAUCUAUCAUCCAAGCGCUAGAAGGUUCUCCCCUCCGCAUAUUGAGCGUGGACCCAUAGAUACUCAGGCUCCUGUCAAGCCCAACAAACCAGUUUCGUCGGAAUUUGCUAUGCCAUACAGCGGACUUCCAGUGACUUCACAUGCAUUGGGAACCAUUCCCGUGUCUGCAGGAGGUGCCUUGCCACGCCCCACAGCUCUGUACCCAGAGUGGGACCACCCUGCUCGCCUCCCAGCGGAGUCACUUAGGCGUGAUUACGACCUAGUCAGACCCUACGAAACUUCGGAGUACCUGAUUGAAAGAAACAGUCGACGCGCAACGGAGAAGCCUAAAGGCGCUACCCGGUAUCACUCGCAGAGACGGCCGUCUAAUCGUGACGAGUUCGACGGACCCCAUCAGUUGCUAGACCCACCGUCACCGCGGGUCAUAGCAGCCCAAGGGAGGGAUUUGCCUCAUCUACCUACUAAUCUAGAUGUCUCAGAGCAAGAUCAAAUCCUGUCGUCAGUAAACGACCGACUGUCACAGUGUGCCUUUGACUUCGUUGCAAAGUAUCAAUUUCCGAUUCCACUGGAACCGGACAAGAGACCGGUGAGAGUUCCUUCUGACCGCGAGUGGACCGAGUGGGUAUAUCUCCUAAAGAGACUGGCGACCAAGCGUCGUAUCCCAGCCCGGGUGUUGUAUAAUGGCCAGAUCAAGCAAUUAGUGACCGUUCUGGAGAAUUCCCUGGAGAUGAGACAUGCCGCCAAGCAUCAAUCCCGGCCCAUCAAGGAUGAUCGGAAUGUUCUUCAACUUAUCUCAGCUGGCACGCAGGUGGCCAAGAUUCUCAAGGAUGCCAAUGCCAUGGAAUUCCUUGACCGCCUCUAUCUUGAUACAGAAAAACGCAUCCAUGAUCGACGCAGCCGUCGCGUCAAAUUUGCCAGCCCAUGA